CCUUUCCCGAUUACACAAUCCACAACGUACAUGUGGUAUUUGCGUAACAGCUAUUUUGACCAAAAUUACAACAGCAAAACGAGCUCUGAACUCAAACGAUACGGACACUAUAACAGAGGACAAAGUUCUAUUCGUCAUCAUCACUUAUAUAUGCGUGUAUUACAGAGAGAACUGAAUUUGAGAGCAUAAGUUUGCUCAUCAGAGAUCCACCAAUAUCUGAGUGUAUUAACGAACUGUAAGCCUAUAAAGCAAGAGAGAUAUACCAUGGCGUCAAGGGGUAAAGAUGAUUCCAGUAUAGGAGAGAAUACUCAGAUAAUCAUUGGAGGUUCUGAAUCCGGCGGAGGUAGUCUCGGGUUCUGUGGAAUCCUUUUAAUGAUUGUUUCGGUGAUCUUGGUGUUCUGCACGCUACCAUUCUCACUCUUUAUCUGCAUUAAGGUAGUUCAGGAGUAUGAGAGAGCAGUUAUCUUCAGACUUGGGCGUCUCUUGUCUGGUGGUGCUAGAGGACCUGGUCUCUUCUUCAUCCUACCUUGCAUUGAGGAUUACACAAAGGUAGAUCUUCGUACCAUUUCGUUUGAUAUUCCUCCUCAAGAGAUUCUGACCAGGGAUAGUUUGACCAUCUCUGUGGAUGCUGUGGUCUUCUACCGUGUCAAGAAUGCCACCAUCAGCAUCGCCAAUGUGGAAAACGCAGACAAGUCAACCAGACUUCUGGCUCAGACGACACUUCGUAAUGUCCUGGGCACCAAGAACCUGGCUGAGAUUCUUGCAGAACGUGAAGGCAUCAGUCACUACAUGCAGUCCACCCUCGACCAUGACACCGAUCCUUGGGGUAUCUUAGUAGAGCGAGUUGAGAUCAAGGAUGUUCGUUUACCUGUCCAGCUCCAGAGAGCCAUGGCUGCUGAAGCUGAAGCUUCCAGAGAGGCUAGGGCUAAGGUGAUUGCUGCUGAAGGAGAACAGAAUGCUGCUCGCGCUUUGAAGGAAGCUGCGGAUACUAUUGCGGAAUCUCCAUCGGCUCUUCAGCUGAGGUACCUACAGACCCUUAACACCAUCUCAGCCGAGAAGAACUCCACUAUCAUCUUUCCACUUCCUAUUGAUAUCAUGCAAGGCAUCAUGACUAAAUAAAAAAAAGACAUUCAUCAGUUACACAAAAUCAUGCUAUUUUCAUUAUGUCUUAUUUAGUUAUAUUUAUAUGUCCGUGUCGUCAGUGUCAGGUUGAGAGUAUUAUGUUACCCCUUUCUCAAUUCUAGGAUAGUUAUCCCAACUAACAUGACUAAACAGAAAUUUCAUAAUGUAUUGCAUGUACUUGUGAAUAUAACGCGUCCAACUAAAAGAAUCAAUAAAUUUAAUCAUACUUCUGUUACAUUUCAUACAUUUAUUUUAGUUUUUUUUUUUUCAGAUCCUAAUGAUGUAUAGUUCAAUGAAUAAUUAUAUCUGAGGGAUUUGGUACCCUUUGGAAUAUAGAUUGCAUAGAGCUAGCUAUGUUAAAAAAUGUUUUGGAUGGAAAGAUAAGCUCAUAAUAACAUUGUUAUUAUAGGCUCCAUAGUAGAGGAAAACUAUUUCGAGUGAUCAAUAGAAAAUACCUCAUUGAUUUCCUCAAUAAACUAUAAACUUUGUUAUAGGCCUAACUGUAAAUUAGUGACAUUCAAAUAUAAAAAAACAAGAAAUACUAUUAUUUUGUCGUAUUAUGAAUCACCCCCACAUUACUGUUUCAUAAUCAUCUAUUGUUCACGGAGUCAUCAUUGCGCUGUUACUCGUUUUUUUUUCAGUUUAUCCAAACUACAAUUUGGUAUUCAUUUGAAUUUUUGAUAGAAGAAAUACACGCAGAGUAAUUGAAGUCUUUUCACAAGAGAAGGUACAUGAAUUAUUUUAUUAUUAUUUCUAGAUGGUACAAAAUGUAGGUCGGAAAUUUGGAGAGACCAUUAUUGAAAGUUUUGCAACUUUUGCGCCUGUCGCGAUUGUGUUAUGUCUCCCAUAUCUAAUGCACAAAAUAACCCUUUUGGGUUAUUUGUAAAUAUGUCGAAUGUCUCAGUAGUUUUGUUAUGUAACCAUGGAUCCCACAAUUAGAAUUCAUGGUGUAAUACAUGGUCUUCACCAUUUUUGUGUGAAGUAAGAUGGCUGGCGUGUAAGGCAGAAUAACGAAGUCCUGUUUCCUCUGCAUCCGAUGACCGGACUACAGUCUGUGAUAUGUUACGUAAUACUCAUUUAUCACGUCAUUAAGAUUUUCAAAGGGUUAUUUACAAAGCAUGGAAUAGAUGCCUGAAAUUGAGCAAUUUCUUCAAGUUUGCGAAGUGAGGGCACCAAUUAGGAAAUUUAUGAAUAUUUCAAAAAUUAUCGAUAUACCUACGUACACCCUGAGUUAUCUUUUCCCUAAAAACUUCUGUUAGAGAUUCACCAAUGUUACUUUAAGUGUAUUUGCAUAAAAAAAAACUUUUCCCUGGAUUUACUUUUAUGAAACGGUGAACAGACAACUGAAGAAGCCUCCCGGAUCGAAUGGGAAACUGAUUUCCGUUUCAUGAAAGUAAGUCCAGGUGAACAGAUUUAUUUUUCUAUUGUAACUUCCUUCUUGGAUGAAUAAAAAAAAUACAUCAGUAUAUUUUCAGAACUUGUUUUUCUACCAUUUUGCAAACCGUCUUUGGUCAAUGAAUAUUUUGCUUUAAAGGACAAGUCCACCCCAACAAAACCUUGAUUUGAACAAAAA